CUGCCGGGCCGGCCGGGCCGUGCGGGGCGCGCAGGCGUCUCGGGGCGGGCCCGGCGCGGUUGCCGGAAGGGCCGCCCCGGCCAUGCCGAGCCUCGCUGGGUUCCUGCGGGUGCGGGCGGCGCCGGUGCGGAGCUGCGGGGCCAUGCCCGGGAAGGGAAAAGCAGCCGCCAAGGGCCCCGCGGAGCCGGGCGCCGCCGCGGGACCGGUGGUGGCGGCGGGCGGCGGCUCCGUGAGGGUGGCCGUGCGCGCCAAGCCCGGCGCCCGCUGCAGCGCCGUCACAGAUGUGACGGCUGAGGCAGUAGGUGUAGCUAUUGCUGCACCUCCAUCAGAAGGGGAGGCGAAUGCAGAGCUGUGUCGCUACCUCGCUAAGGUGCUUGAAGUGAAGAAGAGUGACGUUAUUUUAGAGAAGGGGGGUAAAUCACGUGACAAAGUGGUGAAGAUUUCGGUAUCAGCGACACCAGAUGAGAUUUUAGAAAAACUGAAAAAAGAAGCUUCCAGUUGACCUAAAACAAGAGCAGGAAAUAGGAAAAAGCGUCUUGGUACAUGGACUGGUAUUCUUUCUUACUUAAUGUUGAGAAGUUGAGAGUGUGGGUAAUGACUACAGGAAGAUACUUCUUUCCCCUCCCCUUGGUAAUAUGGGUGCUGUACAGUUGAAGUUUUUCUGUAGGUUUGGUUAGAAAACUGAGAUUCUGUAUCUGCCUCUGUCACUACGGACUUCCUUCUGCUCUGGAUGGUUUCCUGUGGGUAGGAUUUGUCCUCUUUCCUGGUGCCUAAACAAAUGGUUUAGGAAAUGUUUUUUGUAGUGGAGCAAAUGUUGGUUAUCAAAGUGAGGGGCUUGGAGUGACAGCCUUCCAUGUGGGAAGUGGUACAAAAAGGAAAAACCUGGAUGGCGGAGACAUAAAAGACUUUUCUGUCUGAUAUCUCACAGCAGGUGCUGUGUGCAGCUUUUCACUGUGGGCACUUACAGAUAUCUAAAAUAAAUGUCUUUUGAAGCCAGUGUGCUGUUGUUGAUCACACAGACAAACUGAAAGUAGAAUCACCUGAGCAACUGAAAGAAAACCAGAAGUUUUCAAUAUGAAAAACCAGCGCGGGACCUGAUCAUGGCACAUGUGGGGUCACUUUGUAAUAGUCUGUAAAUAGUUUCCUUAAAAGUAGAGAUUUGGUCAUAUAUAUAUCUUUGCCAAUUGUGUGUCACCUGUAAUGACUGUUUGUAAUAAAAGGGGCAAAAAGUAUUCUCAA